AUUCACAACACCAGUCACUGCAGUGGUGUACGCGGCACGGCAGCCUUCCUCAACUUCCGUCUAGCAGGUUCGAGAUUCGUCCAAAAUUCGUGAUCGCCUUGGCUCUGAUUGGCGCCUCGGGGACUCGGGCGCCAUGUUGACAGCGAUCUCCCGAUGACCAACACCACGCUCGCCUGCUGGGGUGGCGACGUACGUAUGCUGUCGUCUGCCUGUUUUUGCUCUAUAUAAAAUGGCUGCCGGUGGCCUUUCUCAUUUAUCUCUCAUCAUCUCGUCUCAUCUAUCAUCUUAUUCUACACACCAUCAUCACACAAUCCAUUAACCACUCAACAAUCAUGCCUUCAAUACGCUACGUCAACCAGAGCGCUCCCUUUUGGGAUUUUGUUGCCAAUCUCGAGCAGCAAGGCCAGGCACACCCCUUCUUUGCCGCUCAGCAAGGACGUGAAGCAGGUGAAGAACGCGAAACAUCUGGAGACGAGCAGCCGUUCGGACCUUGGGGUCAUCCUUGGGCUCGUCGCGGUGGACCUCGUGGUCCUUACCGACACCGCGGACCUCCUCCUCCUCCCGAAGCACCCGCUCAGCCUGAAGGGCCUCCUGCUCCAUAUACGCCGGGCGAGGGUCCUUCUGACGCGCCACAACCCCCCCACCACGAGCAUCCUGACCACGAACAUCCCCGUCAUGAGGGACCACCACAUCACCGAGGCUGCGGCGGACGACGUGGCCGUGGAUUCGGUGGUCGUGGAGGCAUUGGAGGCUUUGGCGGCCCCUGGAUGGGCGGGCCGUUCAACCUCGCUAGUCUGGCCACCCAACUCUUCGGCCAGGACAACGAAGGCGAAACCAAGGACGCCUCUUCCGACGAUUUCAAGCCUGAAGCCGACGUGUUCGACACCGAGUCUGCCUUCGUGAUCCACGUCUCACUCCCCGGAGCCAAGAAAGAGGAUGUCGGCGUAAACUGGGACGCUGAAAAGAGCGAGGUCAGCAUUGCUGGAGUCAUCUACCGACCGGGUGACGAGGAGUUCUUGAAGACUCUUGCUUUGGACGAGAGGAAAAUUGGCGCCUUCGAGCGGAAGGUUCGCCUUGGAAGCCGUGCCAAUCCGGCUCAGGUCGAUGCGGACAUGAUCACCGCGAAGCUCGAGGAUGGUAUCCUGCGAGUCGAAGUCCCGAAACAGGAUCGUGAUUAUGUCGAGAUCAAGAAGGUCGACAUCGAGUAGGGAUCUUAGCAAUGGACUUGAGGAAUUAGGAAGGAUCUAGGGGCAA